AUGGCAACCAAUACUCGACUUAAUGGUUUCAUCGAUCGCCAAUCUGAUUCGCCUCCGCCCCAGCCGCCAUCACCAUCGCCGCCUCGACCUCAACCUCAACGCACAGAUCGUCAAGCGAUGGCGAAGAAUUUGAGAAUAGGAUCCAAGAAACAAAAAGACUCAUCUGCAAACACGAAUAAAGCUCACAAUUCGGAGCCUGCUUAUGACCAGCCGGCUGGGUUUCCGCAAAGAAACACAGUUCAUGGAGGAGACCAAAUGUACCCAGAUUACGCACAGCAAGACAACCGCGAUAAAUUCGAUGAUUCUACAGUCGCCGAGGACUUUGAUGAAACUGUGAGCCAAGGGAACUUUCCGAAUGGGCAAAACAUGGCAGUGGUUGGUGUCGAUGGUUUUGAUAAUAGAUAUGUCAGAGAACAUCAGAUUCAAAUAGAACAAGAUAAUUUCCAGGAUGCCCAAGACAAUCGCUAUAAUGUGCGUUCUCCGGAUGAGUCCGAUUUUGGUCACAAUCACAUCGAUGCACCGGUACCCCAUCAACCACAUAAGAUUUUUCAUCAAUAUAAUGGCCAAGGUCCACACACACAAGCUCUUGGAGAAUCACUUUACAAACAAAGUCAGACACCAAAAAUUACAUUCCAGCCACACCUAUCACCGCUGCCACAAAUCAACAGUCCAACAAAACAAAAGAUCUCUGGUCGCUUCAAUCAGUCCAGACACUUAGAUACUCUUACAAAUCGUCAAAAGAAUGGAAUGCAAGCAGUCGAAAAUUCUCGAAAGCGAGCUUCAGACGAGGGGGUCUUUUCGCCGUUGCCGAAAGCCGGGAAGUCUCAAGUAGUUGCAGAUUUGGAAAAUGCCAUACCUCGUGAAAUUCCGCCCUACAAUAUUCCACCACCACGUUCCGAAAACAUGCAAUCACCUCAAGUCGAUGGGUCUUCUGAUGAGGAAGAAUACUCUGAAGAUAGCAGCCGUAUAAAAGAGCAACCGGCACUUCAAUCUCGACCAGUCGAACGGCUUCUAACAGCUAACCCACAACAAAGUGGUACUUUUAACCUUGCUAGCAUCCAGCUUGAUUACGAUGAUGCCACUUUGAAAAACAUGGACUAUAGCCUGCUUAGAGACGAAUCUUUUGAAGCCCCUUCAGCGGCUAGUGAGCAACCCAGCGAACCAGACUUGUCGCUCUCAGAUCGUACUCUUAACGAGCGCGUUAGCUAUCAUGUAGAACAAUACCGAACAGCAGAUCCAAAAGAGUUGGAUAAGCAGCGCGUCGCCAUGGCUGAAUUCUUUGGUAAUUUAUCCAAGGAUGAAUGGGAGGAAGCAGGAGAUUGGUUCUUGGAAAGAUUUGCGGAUACCUUGAAAUCAUUGAAGGACGCUAGAAAAGAGAAGAGAGAUGUGGUUGCCAAGUUCGAAAGGGAGAUAGAGAGGAGGGAAGGGGAGGUGAAAGGAAGUCUACAAGCUUACAACGAAGAUAUGGAACGCAUGAAGAAGGGCGCCAAGGGAGUUAUUGAGGGAAAGAUGAUAUAG